GACGCUGCCGCCUGACGCGCCUGUCAUCUGGAAGAAACUCCUCCCCGCGGUCAGACAGCGCGUCCUGUCGCCUUCCCAGCGCAAUGGUCUCCUGGAUUAUUUCUAGACUUGUGGUACUUGUUUUUGGUACACUAUAUCCUGCAUACUCAUCCUAUAAAGCUGUGAAGUCGAAAGAUGUGAGAGAAUAUGUGAAAUGGAUGAUGUACUGGAUAAUAUUUGCCAUAUUCACCACUGCGGAAGUAUUCACAGAUAUGUUUCUUUGUUGGGUUCCUUUCUAUUAUGAGCUCAAGAUAGCCUUUGUGGUGUGGUUACUGUCUCCAUACACUAAAGGCUCCAGUGUGCUAUACAGGAAAUUUGUUCAUCCCACGCUUUCCUCAAAAGAGAAGGACAUCGAUGACUACAUCUGCCAAGCGAAGGACAAAAGCUAUGACACCCUGGUGCAUUUUGGGAGGAAAGGACUGAAUGUUGCAGCCACAGCUGCAGUCAUGGCUGCGACAAAGGGACAAGGAGUCCUGUCAGACAGACUGAGAAGUUUCAGCAUGCAGGAUCUGUCUUCCUACCAGUCUGACCCCACCAACACAGACUCUGUCACCACUCAGCCUGCAGCAGCACAGCAAAGGACCAGAACUAUGAUGCGCAGCAAAUCAGAGAGCUACAGCAAGGGGCAGGAUGUUGACAUGACUGAAUAUGAGGUUUUGGGCUUGGACCACUGGGACACCAAGGAGUUGCUGUCCCAGCCUCUUUUGCCUUCUGAGCCCACACCCCUUACGCCCUCAUUGACACCCCAGUCCUCUCCACCCUCCACACCUUCACCGCCCCCUAGUCCUCCAACUCCAGAGCAAGCUGAGGAGGUGGGGAGAGAGGUGCAGACAGCAUCAAGCUCACCACAGCUCAGGCUGAUUAAGAGGAGGGCUCCUGAGCCUCCUCCUAGAGUCUUAAGGCCUCUCACAAGAUCCAGGAGUGCCCUUUCUUCAAACAAUGAAGCCAUGUGAAAACUGUGUCCUCAAGACUAUUUCUGCUGCCUUCACUGCAAAGACAAGAAGAUAGAAAAAAACACUGUCUGGCCAAAAGCAACAUAUUUAAAGCAGCCUUGUUUUGGAAUAAGGUGUAACCAAAGUGACUUAUGACCGCUCUAUAUAUGGUAUACAGCUUGUGGCUCAUGAUAAAAACAAACAUGAGGUUCGUGACACUGAGAUAGGACUCACGAGUGAAUGGGUUCCAUGCUGACAGAUAUUUUGAGUUUGCAGGUUAUCGAAUAUGUUUUGUAUUUAUGUACAGUUUGUGUGUUUAUCAUUUUACUGAUUUGUUUUUAUAUCAGGUCGGGGAGACAGAUGCAUGCAUGUCUUCCCAGUCAUUAGCCCCCAUUCUUUUCCAAACAGAAUGUAUUGUCACUGGAUGUUACAGCUGGCAUUGUGAGUGACAUGGUCACUGUUUGAGAAUGUGUUACAAGCCAAGGAUCAAAAGAAAAGGUGUGGUGUUUUUUUUUUUUUUUAAACCCUUCCUUACUUUGGUUUGUAGAAAGAUCUCUGAGCCAAUGGAAUCUGCACUGAUGAAUUAUCGUAACAAGGUAUUAAGAGAUCAGUCCAGUGAUUAUCUCAGAACAUAUUGUGGUAAGACUACUUUUUUAAUGGAAGACAUCAGUCCACAGUGGCAUACAAUAUCCCAUUCUGUACCUCAGUGUAAAAGCCUUAAAGAAAGAGAUAAGAAAAGCAUCAAAAUAUAAAACAUCUCCACAGUAUUACUAACACAAUGUUCCCUCGAAGACCUUUUGCACUAUGGUUAGAACAACAGUGACUGCCCUCAGUACUCGGAAAUGGCCAAAAAUUGUAAUUAAAUAUAAAAAAAAUUCUAGCUGAAUAUUAUAAUGUGAUUUAACCUCAUUAUUGUGUAUUCCUUGUGUGGUAAGGAUACAGCUACUUGUGUGACAAGUCAAAAACAUUUUUAUCACAGAUGAAGAAAUGCUACCACAAACUGUUUUCCUCGUGGAGCAGACUGUUUUGACAAUCUACUGUUCAGCUCUAUCUAGUUUCACAAUAGACUUCAUUCACAAGAUUUCGGUUGCUUUUGCCGUGUAAGGCCAAUGUGUUAGGAAUGCCUCACUUUCAGUUGUAGCGGCACACACAGCUCAGCUGUCCAUCACUUCAGUAGAUGUAUAUGAACAUGGCUAUUUUUCCAUGUUUGUAAUCACUGUGUAAUAUUCUGCUGUCAACUGAGCAACUCCAAACCCAAGGUUCUUAACUUCUACUUGCUUCUUAUGAUUUUUUUGUUCUGAAUACAAGAGAGCAACUGUAUUGGUUUGCCGGUUUACAAUGUUAUAUUUGGGCCUGUUAAGAUUUGAAAAGUGUUUUGUCAAUAGCACGACGUGAUACACUUGUGACUUGGUAGGAUUUCAUCCCGUUCUUUCUUCACUGAGCCUGGAUCUUGGCAAGAUUUCACACAAAGUAUCACUGUGGUCAUUGAUGGUUGGAAUUCGAGCAACAAAAUGUCACUGACUGAAUCAUUUACAGUGGUUUUAAAGUGUGAAAGAAAAGCUCCUCAGGUACAAUUGUUCUGUUUACACGUCAUUUCACUCUGAUGUUGUAGAUACACUUGUUAUGCACAUGAAUUGUCCUUGUAAUAGGUUAAUGGUAAAAAAAAAAAAAUUCAAACAGGAAAUUUCUGGCCUGUGAUAAAGAUCUGAAAUCUGUGUUUCAGCAUUAGUGGUUUCAGUGUUAGUGUUGGAAGUGAUUUCCUUCCAUUAUAAAAACAAAAUUAAUCAAAAUACUACAACAAAGAUGUUGUUGCUAAGUAGCAGAUUUGUAUACUUGUAAGUAGAUUGAUAAACUCAUCAUUGCAUGAUGUUAUUAGUUUGUAUGAAAAUGGUUUUCUUAAGUGGUUUUGUGCGAAGCGGUUCUUGGCCUCUUCAGAUGCCUUGCUGAUAAACACUGAAUUCUUCUUUGUCUUCUAGUGCUUUGUUGGAAGGACAGGAAAUGUUAAAUCACCUCUUUCAGUUGCCCAUACUUCUGUAGGAGGAACAUGUCUUACUCACUGAUCAGCUAGCCACUUUCACUUUAUUGAUGAGGAAAUACCACUUUACUAUCCUGAAGACUUUUGUUCUGGCAGGCCAGAAUCUCAAAAUGCUUAAAACUUCCACUUGAUUGUGAAUUAAGACUAAAGGAGUGAUGUGACAACAUGAUGGUAUAUGGCUAUCAAUUUAUCUUUACAUUCAGUUACGUACAUCUGUUGUUGAACUGACAUACAGUCAUUAAAUAUGAAGCAAAACUUCAA